UUUGCUUCAACUUUCAAGAUCAAGAGGGUUAAGCUUCGAAUAACUGACUCGAAGUCGAAGCCCUAGCAAAAUCUGUGAGCGAAACUCCAUAUAGCCAAACCGAACUUCGUUCAAUCAAGACCAAUGGCCAAUCCACUUAUAAACAGAACCUUAAAUUCAAUCAGACACCCUAAUAUCAUCAAAUCGUUCUCAUCAUUUGUUCGGAACUUUAACUCCGUCGCCGCCGUUGAGCAACCCCAAUCGGAUGACCCAUCUUUCACCUUCUCAUCUGACGAUCACGAACACCGAAAUGACAGUAUCACCAGCACCGACGAAGGCAUAUUCCUUAAGGCACCACGCUCGAAUUCGAGGAGGGACUCCGGAUCCUCGGUCACUAUGCCAAUGUCGUUCAUGACCGGGUCUAUUGUGGGAAAGAGGUUUUACAAGCAGGUGACCACGAGGGAGGCUGAUGACGGGAAUGGUUGGACUGUAAUGCUUGACUAUAGGACUCUGAAGACACCUUCGAAGAGGCCGCUCAAGCUUCCUAGUUUGUCUCUUGCUAAGGCCAUAGCUGCCGAGUGGGAAUACCAGCUGACAGAUGGGAUCAGACCAUUUACGAUGCCUCUCAUGAAGUUUGCUUGUACUGCUCUGGAAAGAGUUCCUCUUACAAGGUCAAAGAUUAUAGAGCAUUUGAUGAAAAAAUUUAGUCAAGAUUUAGUCUUUUGUCGUGCUCCGGAGGAUGAUAAUCUGACAAAAUAUGUUCAUGAUAAGCAAGUGGAGAAAAUUGAUCCUUUACUUGAUUGGGUGGCAUCGGAGUUUGGUUUUAAGCCUGUUGUAUACUCCAGCUUCUUCGGUGGAAAGCAGGAUGAUGGUCUUCUAAAGGCCGUAGAAAAUGUAUUAAAGAAUACAGAUGACUGUGAAUUGGCAUCAAUUGAUGCUCUUGCUUCAGCAGCACACUCUCUAGUAAUUGCCCUUGGGAUUUUUCGUGGGAAAUUGGAGAUUGAGGAAGCAAUUGAACUGAUCAGACUUGAAGAAGACUUACAGGUGGACAAGUGGGGUCUUGUUGAAGGUGGUCAUGAUGUUGACCUUGCUGAUCUUAAGGUGCAGAUAUCCUCAGCUGCUGUAUUCCUUGCUCUUUCAAGGAGGGUAUAAUCUCUGUAUAUUUUUCAUUUUUUUCCCUUCUUGGUAGCCUGAGUUAAUUUUUCAUUAAAUUAUCAUCACAAGAACUGUUGGCCUUGAGAAAAGUUUCCCAAUAUAUAUUUUGUUGUAGAUCACUAAAACGCAUUUGCUUACAUGCUCGAAGAUUUUGUGGAAUUUUCCUGUUAUAGAUGAGAUGAUGUCCAUCAACUGAUCCAAUAAUCAUUCUAAGAUCGACUUGAUUGAAACCUAUCAUUUGAUCUGAUAUUUGAAUUUUGAGAGUGGCUAUUAGCCUAUUAUUAUUA